AUGUCGAGCUCUCUCGCGAUGCGCGCGACCGUCGCGAGGCCGACCGUCUCCGCGCGCGGCGCGUCCGCCCGCGCCGUCGCCGUCGCCCCCCUCGCGUGUCGCGCGCCGCGCGCGCCGCGCGCCUCCGCGAUCUCCGCCUCCUCCGCCACGGACGAGGCCGGCGCGGUCGCCGCAAAUGCCAACUUCCGCGCGGGCGCGGGCGCCGGCGGCGGCAGCGCGGACGUCAACAACUCCGUGACCGACGACGACGUGUCGUCGUGGAACGAGAUCGAGAUCCAGGUGGCGAACAUGUGCGCCAAGUACGCCGGGGACUCGAGCGUGAACGGCCGCAUCAUGGCGCUGGCGGAGCUCGGCCCGGAUAAAACGUACGAGGCGCUGGACGACAUCACCGUCGUGGACGUGUUCCAGGCGGCGUACGACGGCGGCCUCGAGGCCGCGACGACGAUCAUCGACGUCCACCUCCGCAUGGUCGCGGAGUGCAUCAUCGCGGACGACGUCGAGCUCGUGCGGACGGUGUACGGCAAGUUCAAACGGAUGCCGCCGCUGCUGAUGCGAUCGUCCGUCGUCGCCACCGCCGCCGUCGCGGAGGCGGGACUGCUGAAAGUGCGGGAGGAGUACGAGCUCAUCGAGGCGAUGUUGCGGGAGGAGGUGGCGAAGCCGGACGCGGGCGACGAGAUGAAGCUGGAGCACGAGAAGUGCGAGGUUUUGAUGAAGACGAUGGACGCGGUCAUCGCGGUGUUGCACGAGGAGAAGGGCGAGAAGGACGGGGAGCUCGUGUCGGACGCGCCGUCCGUGAGCUCCUCCUCGGACUGA